AUGGAUGGUGUCUACGUUUCCGGUGCCCGUUUAAUCAAGAAUCUUCAGGGGUAUAAUAUUCCGCCCAGCCUAUUCCUUUUUGCUAGCCACCUUGGUAAUCCGCCGAUAGUGAACCUUAUUGCGUUCCCGUUGGCUUUUUUUCUGCACCCGGUUCUGGGGAUUCUAAACGACGACCGUCCGUACUGGUGGGUGAAAGAACAUUCGAAAACUGGUCUUCAACUUAAGCAUUUCCCGAUAACCUGUGAAACUGGUCCAGGUAGUCCCUCUGGUCAUUGUAUGGUGUCCGUUGCUGGAUGGUUGCCAAUUAUUCUCUUCAUUUGGCUCUGUUCUGUGUUUUGUGUUCCUGAUAUGUGUCGGUGUUGUGGCAACAAGUCGCCUCUACGUAGCGGCACACUUUCCUCAUCAGGAGCUGUUAUUGGCCUUUCUUUUUAUACAUGGACUCAAUCCUACACACAAAAGAACCAAUGUCUCUUUGAGAAUAAAACAUUCAAUGAAAUCCGACCGUCUUUACUGCUUUGUCCGCAGAACCUGGUUUUCAUUGCGGUUGGCUCGUUUAUAAUGAGCAAGAUUGUUGGCAUUGCGUUGUCACAUGUUGGCGUCGAUGUGCACAGGAGCUAUCGAUUUGCCUUGGACGCCUGUGAUCGUCCUGAAUGGAUUCACGCCUCAACAAGUAUUGACGCCUCAUACGCUCGAGUCAUGGGAGCUAUACUCGGCCUAGCUCUUGCUUUGGUGUUCCGUCCGCUGAUGCCACACUGCAGUCCAAGAUCCGCCGUGACGCUAAAGCGGCUGGUACUUUCAAGCGUAAUCUGCGCUAUAGCCUCAAGCGUUUUCAAAGCCAUUGCUCAAUUCAUCGGCUUUCAGCUUGCACGUUUUGCAAGCUAUAUCUCCGUUGACUCUGACACCCUUUUUCUCCUUUCCAUGGUUAUACAAAGCGCUGUCUGCCCUGUGAUCGUUGCACUUGUCUUUCCGAUAUGCUUCGCUCGAGCCUGUGUGCGCGACAACGCAUUCUUUGACCCUCAUUCUGCCUCUGACACUAGUGUCUCACACGAUGAGUCGCCGUCCGCUCCACUUGUCAUAGACCAUACCUCUGGUGCGUCGUCAUUAAAGUGCCGAAGAUCCCGUCCGACCUCCCGCCGCAGCUAA